AUGGCUUGUGAAAUAAUUGAAAUAAAUAAAUCAUCAAGCUUAUAUAGCUUAUCUAAUGUUGAAGAAAUUAAUAUAGAAUCUUUUGAUAGAAAUAAUUCAAAAUAUCAGUGUUGUUGUGGAUUACUUCAUUCUACUACAGGAGUUAAAAUAAUAACACUUCUAUUAGAUGUAGCACUUUUAUUUUUACUUAUUAGAAUAAUUAUUAAUAUCUUAGAAGAAUCAAAUAGUAAUGAACAAUCAUUAAUUUUUCGAUGUUUUAUGAUUUGUCCUCAUGCACUUUCUAUGACGUGGGCGAUAUGGAAAGAAAGUCCUAGUUGUAUGAUACCUUUUAUAACAUUACAAAUAGUUGGAUUAUUUAUUGGUUGUUUUCAAGUUAUAGCAUUACUAUAUAUAAUUAUUACAGAACCUAGUAUUUUUCAAGAUAUUUUAUUAAUAUAUCAUAUAUCUACAUAUACUAUUAUAAUUAUUUUUCAAAUUUGGUUUAUUGUAAUUGUUAUUUCAUGCUGGAAAUAUUAUUGUGAUAAAAGGCAUCAUGGAGCAAAAACUGCAUAUCCUCAUUUUACUUUAAUCCAACCCACUAAAGAAGGAAGUAAUUUUAAUAAAGAAAAUGAGACUAAUUUACAUGAACUUGAAAAAUUAAAUAAUAAAACAAUCCCAAGUAUGGAAAAUGUUGAUUCAGAAAUUUUUAUAUAA